AAUCCAUGGUUGUCAAGUGGUCUUCUAAUUGUGCAAAAUUGUCGGUAUAUCGGCUGUGAUCUGUGAUCGGCUGAUUGUACAGGAUCGACGACAAAAAAUGUACGUUCGAUGUUAAAAGAUGAUGAUAAAUUGACUCGUAUGCGAGUGAUGAUGCUUCCAAAUGAGGUCCUGUCAUAGACGAGAUAAUCAUCUGACGUGAAAGAGACGUCACGAAACUCUGACGAACGUAACUCUUACUAUUCUAUACGAUCCAGAGAAAAUGUACUGUCUACAGUGGCUGAUCCCGGUGUUGCUGAUACCGAAACCUGUGAACCCAGCACUACUGCAAACCCACGUCAUGUUCAUGGCACUUUAUCUGAUUGGAUUCUUCCUGGAGCGCAAGCCCUGCACUAUCUGCAGUCUUGUGUUCCUCGCCGCUGUCUUCCUCAUUUGUUACAGUGGAAUAGGCAAUUGCCUGCUCUGGAGCACAAAUUGUGACACAGUAAGAUGUGACAAUGGCUAAGAUCAUGCCAACUGCGUUUAAUUCGAUAAUAUUUAGAGAAUUAUCCUCUUGUCAGUUUUUUCCAUUGCGUGUGCACACGAAUUUUUGCCAUUCUCUUCCUCUUUCUCUCCAUACUCUGGCAUAAUACACGAAAGUAGCUUUUCAAUCCGUAUUUUGCUAGCAUCUGUUUUGCCCAUAUUGU